CUGACAGCUGUAGGCUUCACCUCCCCGUGCUCGUGCUACCGGCUGGCGCAGUUUUCCUUUCAAAAACAGGACAAAAUGGCUUUUCAGUGUCAGCGAGACUGCUAUAUGAAAGAGUUUGUUACCUCUGUAGUCUCCUGCUGCCCGGCGGAACUAAAACAAGAAGUAAAUGGAAAGAAAGAAACUAUUAAAGGAUUCCACAUCAAGCUACAAGAUACCAUCUUGUUUCCUGAGGGAGGUGGCCAGCCAGAUGACCAUGGAUUCCUUGGAGAUGUCCCAGUUUUGAGAGUGACAAGGCAGGGACCGGACGCCCUGCAUUUUGUGGCCUCACCUCUGGAGGUGGGUCAGGAGGUUCAAGUGAAGGUAGACUGGGAAAGGAGAUUUGAUCAUAUGCAGCAGCACUCGGGUCAGCAUUUGAUUACAGCUUUGGCAGACACAAUGUUUGGAUACAAGACCACAUCCUGGGAACUGGGUCGUCAAAGAAGCACCAUUGAGCUGGACACUCCCUGUGUGAAACCUGGCCAGCUUCAGGAACUGGAAGAAUGUGUAAAUGAGAAGAUCAGAGCUCACAUUCCUGUCAUGGUUCAGCUUCUCUCUAUAGAUGACCCAGCUGUGGAGAAGGUGAGAAGUCGAGGGCUGCCAGAGGACCACGCAGGACCCAUUCGGAUCAUUGAUAUAGAGGGCAUAGAUGCCAACAUGUGCUGUGGAACCCACGUCUCCAACCUCGGUCACUUACAGGUGAUAAAGCUGCUGGGAACUGAGAAAGGAAAGAAAAACAAAACCAACCUAAUUUUCCUGGCAGGAAAAAGGGUACUAAAGUAUGCAGAGAAAAGCUACAACACAGAGCGUUCACUGGUGUCACUUCUAAAAACGGGACCAGAUGAGCACGUUGAGGCAGUCGACAAGUUGCAGAAGUCUGUUAAGCUGCUACAGAAAACUAACCUGAGCCUGCUUCGUGAUAUGGCGGUUCUCAUUGCUCAGAGCUUUAAGAAUGAUCCUCACAAAGACUUCUUCACCUUCCACAAAAAAGAGGGAGACAAUGAGUUUAUGAAUAUCAUUGCCAAUGAAAUAAACACUGAGGAAACACUGGUUUUCCUGACUGUUGGAGAGGAAAAGGGACCUGGUUUGUUUCUGCUGGCUGGACCCAGUGAACUAGUCACUGAGAUGGGACCACAAGUGUUAGAAUUGCUCCAAGGGAAGGGAGCAGGGAAGAACGGGCGAUUCCAAGGCAAAGCCAACAGCCUGGCACGGAGAGGAGAGGUGGAGGCUUUACUGAAGCAGCGCUGCAAUCAACGCAGCUCACAGGAAGAAUAAAUUUUCAUUAGAAAGAAACGUUUUAUACUUCCAAAAGGGGAACAUUAAGGUUGGCUUACAUGGCUGUUUUAUACACCCAUAAUCUGUGGUAAUCACUAAAUGAUGUGUUGGGUUACACAUCAUGAGAAAGUGACCAUUUUGUGAAAA